GUCAUUGAAUACACUUUUGAGCGGGUACCUGUAAAUGAAGAAGAUCGUCGUUUGGAUGAAGAAAUCAAAAAUAACUUAGAGGAGAUAGGGUUUGAGAAGAUGAUUUUGGAGGCUAAGGCUAAUUUUCUAGUUUCAAAAGGAAAAAAAGCAAGAAAGAAAUAA